GCAGGGCCUACUUAUUUCCCAGCAGCGCCACCGCCCGCCGCGGGGCAUUUCGGCGCUGCAGACGCUCUCUCCCACUCCCUUCCCGCCUGAGCACCUUGUUGAUCAGAUCUGGAUCCCCGGCCCUGCUGCCCAGGGCCCAGGGGCAGCAUCACCUUCUGUCCCUCUAGGGCCGUGUGGGCCCAGGCAGCAUGGCACCCUCUGGCCAGUUGGUGAAGAAGCCAGUGUCCCUGGAACCCCAGCCAGAGCCUGGGCUGGAGCCUGGACCCGGCCACAAGCUUCAGUCCUGGCAGUUGCUGGUGUGCUACCUCUGCUUCUAUGGCUUCAUGGCCCAGAUACGGCCCGGGGAGAGCUUCAUCACCCCCUACCUCCUGGGCCCUGACAAGGACUUCACGCGGAAACAGGUCACCAAUGAGAUCACGCCGGUGCUGUCCUACUCUUACCUGGCGGUGCUGAUACCCAUCUUCAUGCUGACAGACUACCUGCGUUACAAGCCGGUGCUGCUCCUGCAGAGCCUGAGCUAUAUCUGUGUGUGGCUGCUGCUGCUGUUUGGCUGCUCCGUGCUGCACAUGCAGUUCAUGGAGUUCUUCUACAGCCUCACCAUGGCCGCCCGCAUAGCCUACUCCUCCUACAUCUUCUCCCUCGUGCGCCCCACGCACUACCAGCGCAUGGCCAGCUACUCGAGGGCCGCGGUGCUGCUGGGCGUCUUCACCAGCUCCGUGCUGGGCCAGCUGCUCGUCACCGUGGGCAUGGUCUCCUUCACCACGCUCAACUACAUCUCGCUGGCCUUCCUCACCUUCAGCCUGGUCCUCACGAUGUUCCUGAAGCGCCCCAAGCGCAGCCUCUUUUUCAACCGCAGCGAGCCUGCACACGGCGGGGCCUCGCCCUCCGAGCUGGACCAGAUGCACCCCGGCCCCGGCUGGCCCAAGGACAAGAAGCGCAGCCAGACGCUGCUGUCGGGCUGCUCGGACUGGAUCCUUGUGCGCAUGCUCCGGGAGGUAGGGGACAACCUGCGGCUGCCACAGCUGCGCCUCUGGUGUCUCUGGUGGAUCUUUAACUCGGCAGGCUACUACCUGAUCGUCUUCUACGUGCACAUCCUGUGGAACGUGGUCGACUCCACCAAAGACACCACCAGGGUCUACAACGGUGGGGUAGAUGCCGCCUCCACUCUGCUCGGUGCCUUCACCUCCUUUGCUGCGGGCUUUGUGAAGAUCCACUGGGCCCUGUGGGCGAAGCUGGUCAUCGGAGGCGUGACGGCGAUGCAGGCUGGGCUGGUCUUCCUCAUGUAUAAGACGAGCAGCAUCUGGCUGUGCUAUGUGGCCUUCGUGCUCUUCCGUGGUUUACACCAGUUCCUGGUGCCCAUUGCCACUUUUCAGAUCGCAUCUUCUCUCUCUAAGGAGCUCUGUGCCCUGGUCUUCGGAAUCAACACGUUCUUCUCCACUGUUCUCAAGACCAUCAUCACCCUCAUUGUUUCUGACAAGCGGGGCCUGGGCCUCGCAGUCCAGUCACAGGUGAAUGCUCAACCACCGAGCCACGCCGGCCGGGCUCAUCUUUUCAUUCCUGAAGAUACAAGCUUCUUGGCUGAUGGUUUUUUCCAGGAUGUGAAAAAGGUGACACUUCCUUGUGGUCUUGAGGGCUCGUGAUGAAAAAUUCCGUCAUUCUAAUUGUUUUGCCCCUAAGGUGUCAUUUUUUUAAAAAUGGCUGCAUUCAAGAUUUUUUUCUCGGUCUUUAGCUUUCAGAAGGUUGAAUAUGGGGUGAGGUGUUCUUGCCACUGCUGGGUGGGGGUGAAAGUCCUGAGUCCACAGGGGCAUGGUUGGGCGUUGUUACCAUUAGUGGAUGGGAGUGACAGUCCAGACUUUCCAUGUUGUCUUUGUGGGGUGAACGUUGCAGCUCCCCACUGGACUUUGAGGAACACCACCCCAUGGAGCAGGGGCCUCCUUACAGCCUAGAUAACGAGGGUGGGUCUAGCCAGAGCAGGGCCAUUCUGUCUGUCACUUCCUGCCCUACUGGGCUGUCCCUGUCUUGGUCCUCUGGUAGAGAGAGCAGCUUUGUGGGGGCUUUUUUCUAUGUAUGUUGCCAUUUCUGGGUUGCUGGCUUCUUUGAUUUUAAAAUACCUGCAGCAAAAAGGAAAUAAAGCCUGAGACCCAUCACAUACCACCGUGCUGUGCCUCGGGCUCUGGGGUCCCUAGCUGGGCUGACUUCCACUUUCAGUCACUUCCCUAUGUGUACUCUGUGUGUUUCGGUCAUACUGGGAAAGAAUAUGGGAAACAUGUGACUCCGUCGUCCUGGGAGCAAAGUCCUCCAUGGUUCCCUUCUUGGUUUACUUUUGAAAUGAGCAGUUUUUCUAUAAGGGCUAAGGGUGCCAAUGUCACAAGGGGCUCAGGGAGGGACUUGAGCCUGGUCUAGCCCACAGAUAUUUUGAGAACACCCAGACCUCCUGUCCCCCUGGUGGUCAUGAGAAUCAGGAGGGACAUUUUUGUGGGCUGGGUGUACAUCUCUGUGUCACUACUGCAGUUUUGCCUGUCACCAGGGCCUCACUGGUUCACUGAGUAGGGGCUACCCAGGUCUCAGGCUACCUGUCCUUGACUGGGCUCCACCACAUGCAUGGAUGUCCAUGAGCCCUCAGCAGUGUGGGAACUCUGCCCUUGGAGCAAAGUGCACAUGUGUGGUCACUCAAAAUGAGCAAAGUGCCUGGGGGUAGAUCACAGAGUCCACAUGGAGAUAGCAGAAGUGCCAGGGUUCUGUGAAAAGUGGUGGGAGCUCCCCCCAGGGCUGUGCUUGGUGCAGCGGGAGGAGUGCAGAGGGCAGGCCUUGCAUACUGUGGGACCUGCUCCUAGGCUGGCCUCUGACCCCUGGGCACCACCCCACCCUUGCAGUGUUCCUGUGGCCUCUGAGCAAGAGGAGGGAGAGAGGGAAGAAUAUACAUCCACAUGAGCUGCCCUCCCGACUGCCCCU